AUGCGCUUCCUUCGGGAGGUCGCCGAGUUGUGGGAACCGGGCGCGCGCCUGCAGUGCGCAGGCGCACUAGCCCAGCCCUCUGAGGCCCUGUUCCUUUUAAAUUCUGUCCAGACCAUAGUGCUGCUCAACUUGUACCGGCACCCACAGGACACACAGACUGCAUUCGGAUCCCACUGUCACAUGAGCAUCGUGGAGGUGCAGGAGCACCAUGACAGCUUCUUCCAGGAGGUGUUCACAGAACUGCAGGAAAAGUACAGGAAGAUUGAAGAGAUGAAUGCUUGCAACAACCUGGGAGAUCUGGUCAGCAACGUUUAUAUCAGGUUCCAGAGGGAAUAUACAGAGUGCUCUGUUGCUGAACUCAACAACUACUGGUUCAAUGGGCAAACCGUGCAUGCUGAACUGUCCCCUGUCACCAACUUCCAGGGGUCAUGCUGUCAGCAGUGAGGUGGGUGUACCCAUGAGCGCUUCUGCAACUUCAUGCUCUUGUGACCCAUUUCCCGGACUCUCCAGCGGCAGUUCUGUGGGUGGGGCCCUAGGCACAGGGACCUCAGGACCAGCCCACAAGAUCCCAUAUAUACCCUACACUCUAAAAUGAGCUUCACGCUAAGUUCCAAGACAUUGUCACAAGACUUCUGCUUUCUUUGA